CUCCAAACAAUUGUAAUGUAAAUAGCCAGCAGAUGGAAAUUGCUUUUAAAUUUUUCGAUUACUGAAACCCAAAAUUUGGACUUGCAAUAGAAAUUUUUCAGUAGAAAUGCUACCAGUUGAUGAGACCAAUGAGAGCGCCUACUCCUUUGUGGUUUUUGGCGCAUCUGGUCGCCUGGCGCUGAGCAAAAUCUUUCCGGCACUUUGGCAACUCUAUCGCGACAAUCUUUUACCGCAAGGCACCAAAAUUUUCACCUUCUGCCGAAGUCAACUUGAACUGGCGAAGUUUCGCAUUAAAUGUGUGCCAUACAUGAGAUUAGAUCGAGAGCGCGAUCCUGUCAAGUACAAUAGCUUCUGGUCGAAUGUGCAUUGUUGUUGCGGAUCUUAUGACAAUCCACAGGAUUAUGUGGAGCUCAGGGAAUCGAUGGUGCGUCAGGAAACGAAGCACAAUAUGACGCUGGCUAAUCGCAUCUUUUAUUUGGCAACUCCUCCGGUUGUGUUUGAUCAUGUGACUUUGAAUAUAAGUCGCAAGUGUUUGUCAAUGACGGGCUGGAAUCGUGUGAUUGUCGAGAAACCUUUCGCCAGAAAUGAGCUGACUUUUAAGCCAUAUCAAACGCAGCUCACACAAAUCUUUAAGGAGUCACAGAUUUAUAUGAUUGAUCAUUAUUUGAGCAAGCGAGUUAUACAAAAUUUCUUUGUGCUGCGUUUCACAAAUUGGAUUUGGUCCGAGACGUGGAGCAACAAGCACAUUGCAGCUGUCAUGAUAAGUGUGAAGUGUGAUAAGCCUGUGCAAUCGCGUGCUGAUUAUUUCAAUCAAUUUGGCAUUAUCAGGGAUGUAAUGACCAAUGAUAUGAUGCAAUUGCUUGCCAUGCUGACCAUUGAGCAGCCGUACUCCAAUUAUGUUGAGGAUAUGCGGGACGAAAAGUUGAAGGUGCUCAAGCAAAUACUCACACUCGAUAUGAGCGAUCUUGUGCUGGGACAGUAUUGCAAUAAUGGCAUGGAAACGGAUCCCGUCAAGGUGGGCUACACCCAACACUCGUAUAUACCCAAGAACAGCGUGACGCCCACUUUUGCCAUGGCAGUGCUGCACAUUAAGAGCAAACGCUGGACCGGAGUUCCAUUCAUACUGCGAGUGGGCAAAGCACUGAAUGAGAGCAAAACAGAGAUCAGAGUGCAGUAUAAGCCCAUGGAUUGUGAUCGCAGUGAGGGCAUCAAGAGCUUACCGAAUGAGCUGGUGCUGCGAUUGUCGCCCAAGGAGGAACUCUUCAUGCGCAUGAUGAUGAAAAAGCCAGGAGAGGAACAACUUUGUUUACGUGAGGCGCAGCUUAAUCUUAUGACACGUGAACGUGGCUCAGUUUUGGGCAAUUAUCAGAGUCUUCUACUCGAUAUUUUUGCUGGCAAUCAAAUGCUAUUUAUGCGCACCGAUGAACAAUGCGAAAUUUGGCGCAUUUUCUCGCCUGUUUUGGCCUACAUUGAUGUAGAACGUCCAGACCCUUUGCCCUAUGACUUCGGCUCCAGAGGACCCAUAGCUGCCUAUGAGCUGGCAAGGAGGAAUGGCUUUAAAUUCUAUCAAUCAGAUGAAUGGCAUACCACCCAGGAAGAUAGAGAAAUGAGUCGGGUUUCUAGUCGAGCAUUGGAUGCGACACCCGCCUGGAUGAAAGCGUAGUAUCUCUUUUUGUUGUUGUUUAAGAGUUCAACUACUGUAAGUUUGUACUAGUUUGUGCCAUGUGUCAUAAAUUAGUUCGAGGCACUGAGAAAUUUAAUAAUAAAAAGGAAAGUC